GAGAGGUCAACAAUUAUGGCGUAAAAAAUAACUGCCGAUGUUUUCCGAGCGUCAUUUGAGAAGCCAUGGAAUGUCCGCCGUUUACUUCCUAAUUGUAAGAAAUUUCUAAAAAAUUUCCCGCGUAAAAAUGAUUUUAACGGGGAAACCCUAUCUGAAGAUUGACAAGAAAAAAGUAUUGCACCUUUGCCGAAGGCCGGGAUUUCUUGCAUGGUUUCUAUUUUCCUUAACCGUAAUCGUUUUUAUCUCAGUACUUUCAAACGUAACAAGGAAUCCUUUCGUGUUAGCAGCAUUAACAGCGAUUGAAGUCAUGUUCGGUUUGGAUGCAUUAGGCGAAUGGGAAGAUAUGAUUUUAGAUAUGGAAAGAAAUGAAGCUAUUAUAUCUAGGUGUACUUGGUUGAACAAAAUAUAUUCCUGUAUACCAGUAAGUUUUUUAAGGGUCAUGAAAUUGAAUGAUAUACGGCAUGUCGGAGCUACGAUGAAUUUAGGACUCUUUCUUCUCCACCGAAGUGGAAAGGUAGCUUUCCUCAGUACCUACGGAUUGACCUAUGACGAGGUACAAACUCUAAAGAAAAAAAUCAAUCACUUUUUAAGUGUCUACGAAAUUGAAAAACAUGACGAACGACCGGCUAAAGUAUCUGUCUCUGAAAGUGAAUCCGUAGAUUCCUCACCGAAGAAAUGGUAUUUAGAUAUUAUGUCGCAAACAAAUAUACUGCUAAAUGUCGACCACUUGGAACAAAUGUCAAUCAAAAUUCUACUGAGACGACUGAGUACUCCAAGCUUUUAUUCUUACAAACAUCAGUAUCCAUAUCAAAGGAUCAACUUUAAAAAGGGGUAUCACUCGGUGUAAUAUUUUUUUUGUAGCUAGUUCUACACGAAAAUGUGAAUAAAUAAGUCAUGUAUUUGUA